CUAACCAGCAUGAGAUAAGUGAGCAGGAUAUACAAGCCAGAUCGGUCUGGGAGUUCCCACUGGGGAAGGAUGUCAGACCCCUCUCUCUCAGCAGAGACCCUUGACGUAAGCCAAGCCGUGGCUGAUCUACCAGAUGCCUUUGAUUUCUCCCUGCGGGAUGAUGUCAGCUCCCUUGGCUCUGACUCAGAGCUGAAUGGGAUGCCUCCAUAUCGCCAGACUGAUCGCUAUGGAUUUAUUGGGGGCAGCAGCCUCCAGAAUGGCGUAGGUCAGCUCCCCGUUGAGCUCAUCCGGCACCGUGAGGCCAAGUGGCUGGACAUGACAGCUCACUGGGAGAAGACUAUGGCUCGGCGCUACAGAAAGGUGAAGCUGCUGUGCCGGAAAGGGAUCCCUUCGUCUGUGCGUGCCCGCUGUUGGCCCCUGUUGUGCGGAGGUCAGGUCAAAAUGGAGGAGAACCGUGGAAAAUACCAGGAACUACAUGAAGUACCUGGUGACCCUCAAUGGGUAGAGACCAUCACUAAGGACAUUCAUCGCCAGUUCCCCUUCCAUGAGAUGUUCCUGUCACCAGAGGGGCCUGGGCAACAAGGGCUUCUGCAGGUGCUGAAGGCCUACACGGUGUACCGGCCGCAGGAGGGCUACUGCCAGGCCCAAGGGCCGCUGGGUGCCCUGCUGCUCAUGCACAUGCCCCCAGAGCAAGCCUUCUGGUGCCUGGUGCAGAUCUGUGAGCACUACCUGCCCAGCUAUUACAGCCCCAAGAUGGAGGCACUGCUGCUGGACAGUGAAGUGUUUGUGGCCCUCCUCCGCAGAGUGUGCCCCAAGGCACUGAAGCACUUGCAGAAGCAUGGGGUGGGCCCUUUGCUCUACAUGCCGGAGUGGUUUCUGUGCCUCUUUGCCCGCACGCUGCCCUUCCCUACCGUGUUGAGAGUCUGGGACGUCUUCCUGAGUGAGGGGGUCAAGGUGCUGUUUCGUGUGGGGCUGUUGUUAGUCCGCUUGGCACUGGGCUCCUCAGACAAACUGCGAGACUGUGCAGGACUAGUGGAGACCCUGGAAAAGUUGCGCAGCAUCCCUGCUCACCUCCUACAAGAGGACACAUUCAUGGCUGAGGUCCAUGAAGUGCCCAUCUCAGAGCGUGAUUUGGAGCGUGAAUACAGAGUCCAGCUGGCAAAGCUGCGUGCAGCUCGGCCGGAAUUCCAGUACAACCCAGAGCAUCGACUCUCUGGCGCAAAGGCCAUCUUCGACGCACAGCAACUGGAGGAUAUGAAAACAGACCAGAAGGAUCAUGACAGCCACACUCAUACUUUCCACAUCCCCCAGAUCAGAGUUGAGCCACCCCCCUCACCUCGCAAGGAGGAGGAGGAGGAGGAGAUGGAAAGCACCUCUGAGGGCAAGAAAAAACGGCAGGUUAGGAAGAAGCCGGACACACGCGGGAAGACCUUGCAUCUCACGGAGAAGUCAGCAAAAGGAAAGCGGGACUCGGGCACUGGAAAGAGGAAGUCAUCCUUCUAUGUGGAGACGUGGUUCUGAACAAGGUCACAGCAGGGCCAGGCCUCUGAGGAAAACUCCCCAGACUUGGUCACAUAGCCCUGCCUUUAACAUGCAAGGGACAGUGAUUGUCUGUAGUGUAGCAGUGUCUUGAUGUUAGUGCUCCAUUUGUAGAAAAAGAGGUGCCAAGAACACUUCCUGAUCUGGGAACCUCUCUCUUUCCCUAAGCAUGUCACAGCCUUCAAGCUGGGUUGGACUACGGCUCCCACUGUCCUCAACCAGCACAGGCAAGCGCCAGCAAUGCAGAUCACCAGGACACAGGCUCCUCAGCCUUGCAGAUCCAGAACGCUUUGAUCCGGCUUCCCCUCCGAAUUAGUAUUAUUCACCUCAAUGCCAAAUAAUGCUUAUUUGCCCUUUGAUGAAGUGGACUUUAUUUCAGGGGAAAAUGUGCAACAUAACAAGCCUAUUUUUUUUUAAGGGUGCAAUACUAGGCAGGUUUACUCAGAAGCAAGUUCAUUGAAUUCAAUGAGGUUUAUUCUCAGGUAAGUAGAUAGAAAUUUGUAGCCUAUGUGUAUGAUCCUAUGCAUCUUUUAAGGGGGAGAAAGACCAUCUCUCAGCAUUCCCCAAGGAUGUUGGCUGCUUUGCACAAAGUCAUAGUCUUUUAAAAGUACAGGUAGGAAGUUUGCAAACCAGUUGAUGGCUGAUGGGAGAGCACAGUAGUACAGAUAUGAAUGGAAGGUCACAUUGUGUAUUUUUGUAUCUUUUUUAUCCUGUAUGCCACCUUGAAAAGAUUUUACCCUUGAGGGUGGCCUACAUUUUUUUUAGAUAAAUAAAAAUUAAAUAAGUAAUGGCAAGAAA